UAUUUUAAUAAUACUUUAGCUUUAUUACAUAAAACUUUGGAGAUACUGUUUAACAUUCAGAUAGUAAAAUGCAUUUCUAUUUUUGUGUUUUUAUUUUAAAAGUAAAAAUGGCUGCUCUGACCAACAUGAUUGAAAACCCCACUGUACAAUUGUCUACUUUAUAACUUUUCUCAACUUUCUUAAAUCUCAUGGGGAUAGUACUGUAAAAUCAACACAAACUAAUUAAUAAAUUUAAAAUUCCAGAUGUGGUUUCAUUGAUCUUAUGCUGUAGUAUCUAGUCAGUGAAAUACCUUUUAUAAAUACUGUUAUUUAAUAAACACUUUUGAAAAUGAAAAUUUUCACAGAUUCUAAUUAGGUAGAUUUAUCUUAGUAGAUUAGGGGGGCAGUAUUUUCAAUUUGUGAUCCUUCAGUAGCUCAAUAUUACUUUCACUCUCCUUUUUAGCAGAAAUUAUAGUCAGAGAUGAGCAUUUGAAUUUGCAGCUGACAGUUUAGGGUUAAGAUAUGAUUCCAGGUAACAGAAGCCAAUGAGAGUACACCCAGUUGAUGUUUGUGACAUCAUCUUCCAGUCGGAGUACAUAGAACAGCUGAGGUAGCGUUCAGUUUCAGCCCCAGUGCCAUCAUGAUGGAUGUUUACAUCUCUUCAUUGAGAGCCAAUUAUCUCGCUUUUGUGUGAGGCCCAAGGAUCACUCAUGCUGCCAGGCUGCACAGAGCACUGUUGGAUCUAGCUGAACGAAUUGUUUUCUCUGUCUAUGAAAUAGAACAAGAUAAUGAAGAAUUGCUGGACCAAAAUUGAGUGAAAACUGAACCAAUGAUGCUACCGUGAGGAGUGUUAUUAACUCAGUCGCUUGUGGAAGGAUCAGCAGUGCUACUGAAUGCAGUAUUUGAGGAGCAAAUCUGUAUUAUCUCAGCUUUGACUUGAAUCACUCUAUUUGUAGGUUUUAUUGUAUUGCAAGUAGUCCAUCAUGAUGUGAUCAAAUGGACAACUAUAAAAUUCCCAUCAAGAAUGAUAUGAAGAGAAAAGAAUACAUGAUUUAAGAUUCAUAUGAGGGAAGAUUUUUAGGAAAGGGUGCCAAUGGUUUCUGUGCAGGACAGAUUAUGACAUCAUCUUUCUUAAGACUGUCGUCUGGAACACUGGCUCAAGAGUUGAAACCAUCAAUGGAUUCCCCAUCAAUCAGCCAGAAGUGAAGACAGAGGCUCCAAAGAGGAGAAUGUUUAAAUUUCAUCAAAUGAAACAUAUUUUUGAAAUACUGGAUAAAAUGAGAUGCCUGCGAAAACGUUCUACAGUGUCAUUCUUGGGAGUUCUUGUCAUUUUUCUCCUGUUUAUGAACUUGUACAUCGAAGAUAGCUAUGUUCUGGAGGGACACAAACAACUCAUAAGGGAAACAUCCACACAUCAACUGAAUUCAGAACGCUAUGUUCACACUUUCAAGGAUUUAUCUAAUUUCUCAGGAGCCAUAAAUGUCACCUAUCGCUACCUAGCUGCCACGCCUUUACAAAGAAAGCGGUAUCUUACAAUUGGACUUUCAUCAGUAAAACGAAAAAAAGGAAACUAUUUACUUGAGACAAUCAAGUCUAUUUUUGAGCAAUCCAGCUAUGAAGAACUGAAGGAAAUUUCAGUGGUGGUUCAUCUGGCAGACUUUAAUUCAUCCUGGCGUGAUGUCAUGGUCCAGGAUAUUACACAGAAAUUCGCCCACCAUAUUAUUGCGGGAAGAUUAAUGGUUAUACAUGCUCCAGAGGAAUAUUAUCCAAUCCUGGAUGGCCUUAAAAGAAAUUACAAUGACCCAGAAGACAGAGUCAAAUUUCGUUCCAAGCAAAAUGUAGAUUAUGCUUUUCUGCUUAAUUUUUGUGCUAAUACUUCAGACUACUAUGUAAUGCUUGAAGAUGAUGUCCGAUGUUCAAAAAAUUUCUUAACUGCCAUCAAGAAAGUAAUUACAUCCUUAGAAGGAACUUAUUGGGUAACUCUUGAGUUCUCUAAGCUUGGAUACAUUGGUAAACUCUAUCAUUCUCGUGACCUCCCACGUUUGGCACAUUUUUUAUUAAUGUUUUAUCAAGAAAUGCCUUGUGAUUGGCUAUUGACUCAUUUCCGAGGUCUCUUGGCUCAGAAAAAUGUGAUCCGUUUUAAACCAUCUCUAUUUCAGCACAUGGGUUAUUAUUCAUCAUAUAAAGGAACUGAAAAUAAGCUAAAAGAUGACGAUUUUGAAGAGGAAUCAUUUGAUAUCCCUGAUAAUCCUCCUGCAAGUCUAUAUACCAACAUGAAUGUAUUUGAAAAUUACGAAGCAAGCAAAGCUUACAGUAGUGUUGAUGAGUACUUUUGGGGGAAACCACCUUCAACAGGAGAUGUCUUUAUGAUUGUAUUUGAAAAUCCAAUUAUAAUCAAAAAAAUUAAAGUGAAUACUGGAACAGAAGAUCGGCAAAAUGACAUUUUGCAUCAUGGAGUCCUAGAUGUUGGGAAAAAUGUUAUACUUAUCAAACAAAGGAGACAAUGUACUACUUACUUAAGACUAGGGGAAUUCAAAAAUGGAAACUUUGAAAUUUCAGGUGUAAAUCAAAAAAUUCCAUUUGAUAUACGUUGUAUGAGGAUAUAUGUUACCAAGUCACAAAAGGAAUGGCUAAUUAUUAGGAGUAUUAGCAUUUGGACUUCCUAGCCAGUAAAAUCAAUAUGUUCAGUUACUGAAGCAGUUCUUCCUGUUUCUUCUUAUGCUACCUUUGUUUUUUGGAGGGAAAACAAUGGAUGAGAUGUGUUGAAAAAAACAAUCAUCUUGGCAGUUUUGAUUUACACAUUAUCAACACAUUUUGCUCUAAUACACACUUGUAUUUGUUUUAACUUCUGAAGUUGAAUAUCAGUCGAUAGUUAAUCCUAUUUUAAUUUAUAUUUUUUAAUGUUCUUUCAUAAUUUCAACUGAUUGUCAAAAGGGUGAUAUGAAAGAUUUAAAAUGAAAAAGAAAACUUUGUUGGAUGAUGAUUCCUGAAAAAUAGUUGCCGACUGUAUAUACUUCAAGAAUUCAUAAUCCAUUAUAUCAUCAGAUAGCUUUUAUUGAGCAUCUGUGUGAACAUGCAGUUGGUUAGAAUGAUAAUCUGGUUUAUUUUUCUUGUAAACUUAGAUUUCCUUUGACUUCUGUACAUCUACAGUGAAUACCUCCUUAUAGAAGUGGUGUCUUUACAUCGGAAAUUUUUGUGUAGGUGGGGCUAUGGAAAAAGAAAAAAAAGACUUAAAAAUAUCUCACAAUUAUUUUAUUAAAGGAGACAUUGUUCAUUGUUUAAAAACAUCUAAUUGAGUACCUAUUGUUAAUAAAUUUUCUGUGGGAAGCAGUCUUUUUCUAGUUUCCCUUUUACAAAAAAAAAAAAGAAUAGUUUAGCUCAAUAUUUUUAGGUUACAUUGGAUGCCUGAAUUUAAUAGAAGAAAUUAAAGAAGACCUAAAAUAGCUCAUUCUUACAGACAUUUUAAUUAUAUGCAGAAAAUUUUGAAAUUGAUUUUAUAUGCUUUGUAUUAAAAUUCAUAUGAUUGAAAUUAUUGUGAUUUAUCAUAUACUUUUUUUGGAGUUUAAAUGGAUAUAUUAUAAGGGAGAAAAGUAAGGACCUUAGGAAUUAGUUGACUUUUCUAAAACCAAUGAGGUAUUUCCUAGCAAAGCCAGAAUGAGAGAUCUUAUAUUCUAAUAAUCAGACAAUGCUCUUUUCCUCAUAUGAAGAUUUCUUCUCACAUAAUUUAUGCUUUCUGUUUUCUGUUUGCUACAUAAGUCUUAGAUAAUAAGUUACGCUAUCUGGAAAUAGUUGUUAUAAUUCUUCCAUAUUAUCCUAAAUGGUGUCCUAAAUGAUGCUUUUGUGGUAUAUACAUCCAGAUAGUGAGAAAACUUGACUAAACUUUUACUAAUAGGGACUGUACAAUUGUGUCUCUACCAUGUAUCCAUUAAAGCAAUUCAGGACACCUUAAUGUACCCUAAAGACAUGUUUUUUUAGAAUUUCCUGAGCUCAUCUCAUCCUUUUUAUUUUUUAAUAAACAGGUAAAAAUGAAGGGGUUUAUUAUGAAGAAAAAUGGAGGGUGCUUCAUAUAUGUUUAUGGAGAAACUCAAAUACAUGUUUAUAUAGAUGAAUGUGUGUGUAUGUUUGUACAAACACUAGACUUUGUAUAGUAAGAAGGAAUAAGGAAAUCUUUCUGUUCUUCCCUUCUAUCCUGAAGCACAGUCCUUAGGACUCACUGGUAUGCUAUGGUCCAAACAAGGUUAGGAUCUUUUUAUUUUAUUCAUUCUCUCCAAAUAAAUCAAAUAGGUAACUCAGAUAAAAAAAAAAAUUGAAAUUUUUGUUCUUUUAUUUAUACAAUAGCUAUUGUGCAUUUUCUUUACAUCUAGUUAUUCUUAAUAUAAUGUUACAUAGAGAAAACUUAAGUCUUUUAUAGAGGACUAAAUAUUAAUAUUUUGUGACACAUCUAAGUCUUAAAGUCAUAAGAAAAUGUCAACACUGCCUCUAAACUAUUACCUUGAUUUGGAGAAUAUUUGCAAGGCACUUAAAAUAUUCUACUUUCUUGAUUUUCACAUCCCCUUUUAUCAACUGGCUAGUUGUAUUCUACAUAUAUCUCAAAAGUUACAAAUAAUGUUUAUUCUAUACUCUUAAUAAAAAGUACAAAACUGUAUGCCAAAGACAUAUAAUAUCAAGACAUAAGCAGACUCCAUGAAAGUAGUUAUCACUUUUUACAUAUUCUUCUGGAAGUAUGUUUACAAAGAUUAGCUAUUGGCAUAUAUCAACUUCUUGAAAAUGCAACAAAGUUUGCUGAGGUUAGUAGUGAAUUUGGAUGUUUGUCAGAGAAUUACAAACAUAAAUGUGACCUAUAGAGGUCAUUUCACAUUUCAUCUUAAGAUCCUCUCAUUACUAAAAUUGGGAUUGGAUAAGUUGGUCAAUCAUCUAAGGAUGUCUCUGUGUUUUCUUUACAGGUUGACCUUGGGUCAACUUUCUAAGGAAAAAAACCUUGACAAAGAAGGAUUCUCCAUUAGGAGUCAGGAAGGACAAAUAACCAUUCUCUUUCCAAAAAAAAAAAAAAAA